CGGGAUUAGACGACUGAAAUAUUUGGUGAAACAACACCAACAAAUAACAGUUUUGAAUAUUUUGAAUGAAUAGUCGACAACAAAUUUGGAAAAAUAGUAGCACUAGCCAUUAACAUCAUGGUCAAGUCGGCCAAACUUAUUUUUCUUGAACUUGAUAGGUCGUUUGUUAAUGACCCAUAUUGUUGUAGGUUUCCACUUCUGCAUUCUACUACUUAUAAGAUGUAUAUAUAACUGAGUUGAUAAAAUGAAUAAGAUUUUGAAAGCAAUGAAAUUAAUCCCCUUUGUUUCGAAGAAUAGUAGUGCGCAUUUAUUUUGCGGGUAAGUGUCAUGCAGGCAACUGUCCCGCGGGCAAGUGUACGCUGCGGGCAUGUGUCCUCCGCGGGCAAGUGUCCUAUGAGCAACUGUCCCGCUGGCUUCUGUCCGGCGGGCAAGUGUUCUGCGGGCAAGUGUGCGUAUACCAGUACAAAUACAACGUGUUUUUGUUUCUUUUUGAUUUAUCAGAACAAAUAAUAAGAUAAUACUUGUGAUCAUCAACCUACAGGCAUCAAUUAAUUGAAAUAGAUCGGACGUUCCAAAGGUUUCUUUUGGAAAGUGUUUUGCGUCUUAUUUCACUAUUGACUGGACUUCAUUGAAUAACGUUUAUUUGAAUAAUAGAUAAAUACAAAGAGUAUUUAGUUGUACACACAAGUUUCAUAGGCAUUGUUGGCAGCUACAACUUUAAGCUGAAAUAGAAAAACUUACCCUAUGUUCUUUCUUCAAGAAUGCUCAUGAAUGGUAUGUAUUUUAAUUGCUUGGACUUCGACUUAAUACCAUUCAUUUCGUUUUGUCUCAACAUACUAAGAUACGAUUUUGUGAAAAGAUCGUUUAAGUAUUGAACAAUUUAUAGAUUCGAAUCACUCAACAACUCGACCUAAUUAAAGAUCUCAGCUUUUAAUAAUGUUUUGGAAAUUUAUUCGUAGAAAUAAAAACUUUGUUUAUUUAUCUAUUGUAAAAAAAAGUUAUUCAAUGAAGUCUAGUUAAUCGUGAAAUAGAACGAAACAACUUCUAGAAAUGGACUUUUGGAGCACCCUGUAUUAAUCUAUGUUAUAUAUCUAGUAUCAGGGAUGAACCAAAACAAUUAUUACAAUUAAUAUCCAGCUAUGAUCAUGAACCACUACUUAAUAUUGUUUCACGUUUACCAGUUCAUAUUUGCAUUGCUCAACAAAAUUCAAAAAAUCCUCCAGAUGAUCUUACACAAGAUGAAUCAGCUAUUAUUCGUCUAUAUACAAUGGAAUGGGAUUCUGAUUCUAGCGAACUAAGGGAAAGUCUCUAUUUAUUUCUUACAGCAUUAGCUAAAAUAUCAGCAGCUCCUCGUCAAACAGUUUGGCGUGGUUUACGUCUAGAUCUUAGUAACGAUGAUCCACCAGGAGAAGAAGUAACGUGGUGGGCAUUUUCAUCAUGUACAACAUCAUUAAGAGUUCUUGAAUCUGAUUUGUAUUUGGGAAAUAUUGAAACAAGAACUCUCUUUUCAAUUGAAACAAUUAAUGGUCGAACAAUUCGUUCUCAUUUUCAUUCUACUACUAAAGAUGAAAUUUUAUUAUUACCAAGAACAUUUCUUGAAGUUAAAUCUCAAUUGAAUCCAGCAUCUAAUUUACAUAUUAUUCAUUUACAACAAAAAAAAAAUAUCAAAACAUGCUCUUCUUGA